UAUUUCGCGGGCAGACGAACAGUGUUUGCGCGCGCGACAACGGCAGACGACACACGGGAAGAUCGAGUAUUUAGUUGAGGCAGUGUUGGAAUUCCAAUGUGAGGCUAGCUGAUUGGUCCAGGAUGCGUCACGUGACCCCUCAGGAUGCCCGUCACUCUCUCCCUGAAGACUGCCCAGUAUAUUGACCAAGAUGCCCAGAAGAUAGUGAGCGGCCUGCCGGUGCUGCACGGCGAGUACGGCGUACCGGGGGAGCACAUCGCCUUCCUCAGAAAAUUCUUCCGCGCACACGACACGCAGACGAUAAUGAAGUUAUACCGGAAACUGUACAUGGUGGAAUGUCGCCGUGUCAGUCCACUUACCAGGGCGGUGGUCGGCAUAGCAGCAACGGUGUACAGGAACAUUCGAAGCUGCGGCGAUAAUCCACUAGUGUGUGAGCUUCUACAGCUCCUGGCGAAGCCGAACAUGCAGGCGCUUCUCUAUAGCCACGACAAAAUUGCGUCACGUGACUUCACGCCUCAGCUACAUCCGGAAGGAGGGUCAGAUGCGCGCGACGAACCCCUUACGCCCGGGGAGAACGGGACCGAGGACGGUACGGGUCACGUUAGGGUCAUACAGCUGAUAAAGGACAGAGAGCCCUUGGGGGCGACACUGCAAUACAACGACGAGAGCGGCACGGUGCAGAUCGCCCGUGUCCUGAUGGGUGGAGCAGCAGACAGAAGUGGCAUCCUGCACGUGGGCGAUGAGAUACUGGAGGUGGCAGGGCAGAGCGUGCGAGACAAGACACCGGACCAGAUAGCCACCGAACUGACGAAGAUGUCCGGUGCGAUCUCAAUGAAGAUCCUGUCAGGGACCCAUCGCCUCAUCACGCUACGAGAGAGCAAGAUGCGCGUUCGCGCCUUUUUCGACUACAACCCAAUUUACGACGUGCUCAACCCCUGCCCGGAAGCGGGUCUCACGUUCUGUCGCGGCGACGUGCUCCACAUCGUCUCACAGGAAGACCCCUGGUGGUGGCAGGCGCGACGAGAGGGCGAGCGCACAGGAAGGACGGGUCUAAUACCCGCACGGCAAUUGCAGGAGAGAAACGAAAUCAUCCGUCGUUACCAUAGUGAUGAUGACGUCACGACCUGCAGCAGCCGUUCGCCACGCGGCACAAGUCCGUGCAGAUUCAGUCCCCGGAUUCCCCGGACCCGCCGAGUGCGCCGAAAGAUGUACCAGUCCCAGCACAGUGGAGGUACACCCGACCUUCUACGUAGAGAGUACGAUGUUGAAGAUAUCCCGACUUAUGAGGAGGUCGACUUAUAUCAACCAAAUGCAGACGUAUUCCGUCCAGUUGUGCUUAUCGGUCCCCCUGGGGUGGGGCGACAUGAGUUGAAAAGGCGACUGCUGUCACAUGACCCUGACCUUUUCGAGGAAGUGGUACCUUACACGAGCCGACGCAAGAAGACGCACGAGCAGGACUCCAGGGAAUAUCACUUUGUGCCUCGCGAGGAGAUGGAACGAGGCAUCAUUAACCACAGAUUCGUGGAAUACGGCGAAUUUAAGGGUAACCUGUACGGGACGAGCUACGCCUCAAUCCGGUCUGUGAUAUCCAGGGGCAAAAUUUGUCUCCUCUGUCCACACACACAGGCAUUGAAACUGCUGAGAUCUCCGGAAAUCAAGCCAUUCAUCGUCUAUGUGAAGCCGCCGCCCAUCGAGGUCCUUUGUAUAACCCGUAAGCAGAUGCGCGCCAUGAAAACCCUGGAGGGUGGAGCUACACGUCUUAUCACGGACGAGGAUUUCACCGACAUGCUCACCAUAGGCAGUCGCAUUGAAGACAAAUACGCCCACCUGUUUGAUGCAGUUGUUAUCAAUGAUGAUAUCGUCAAGGCAACUAAACAACUGCUCAUUGUCAUUCAUGAGCUUCAGAGACGCCCACAGUGGGUGCCUCUCCAUUGGCUCAGAUGACCCCAGCUUAAGACUCUAGAUACGAGUGCUGCUGGAUGACAUGAGCUUUAGACUUUGAAUGUCAGCCUUGCUGGAUGACCAGAGCUUUAGACUUUGGAUACUGUUGCUAAACCAAGCCUAAAAAUUACCUAUUUUCAUGAAAAAUAGGCUAUGAAAAUUUGAAAGGCCUUUAUGAAAUGGACAAGGCCUUUAUGAAAUGGACAUAAAAUGUUAAGCUAUUAUAGGGAUAUGUAGUGCAACUAUGGUGGAACUUUGCAACUGCACACUUUUGUUUAAAUCUUUGAUGCACAACGAAAAAUGUGGGGGAAAAUUAGAAUAACAGCUUAAAUAUUUCAUAUAGAAUGGUGCAAUUCUAUACGUGUCUAUGUGAAAUUGCACACAAUAAGGCAAGAGAAUCUUUAUUGUGAAAACCUGAUUUUUCAUUACCAAGUCUUGUAAAAAUAGUAUCACAAUGUUGAAAUAAUGUGUACUCACUUUCAACAUUUAUUUUGCAAUUAAGCAAAUUGUUCAAAAUUUUCGUUUUUUAAUGUUGUUUAAUUCAUUUCCUAACAUAAUUUAAUAUUUUGAUUAGUUUAAAAUGAUUAUAAUAACUAAAGACUUAAUAAUAAUAAUAAUAAUAAAGCACAAGGGUCAUGAUGACCCUGAAAUGCUCACCUGAAUUCAAGGUACACAACUUGUCAUUAACUUGACACUGUUACAUAGUUCAAGGUACACAACUUGUCAUAAACGUGACACUGUGAAAUAGUUCAAGGUACACAACUUGUCAUGAACUUGACACUGUGACAUAGUUCAAGGUACACAACUUGUCAUAAACUUGACAUUGUGACAUAGUUCAAGGUACACCACUUGUCAUGAACUUGACACUGUGACAUAGUUCAAGGUACACAACUUGUCAUAAACUUGACACUGUGACAUAGUUUUUAACCCAAUUCGACAGAUUCAAAUAUGGCCUUUAUAUUGUCAAGAUGAACUUUGUAUUUACCUUUCAAAGCAUAAAUGUGUACCUAUUGGUAAUAUGGCUUUUCUAAAAUUUGACCUGGUGACCUAUUAGCCUUUAACCUAGACUCAAACUCAAGCUAGUUAUAAACAUUUUGACAAAGUUAAACCGUGAUUGAGUCAUAAAUGUUGCAUCUAGACCAAAAAAACAAUGUUUUUCAUUGAUUUGACCAGAUGACCUAGAUUUUUGACUCACAUGACCCAGAUAUGACCUUGGCCUACAUAUUGUAAAGAUCAACAUUCUGAGCUAGAUUCAUAGAGAAUUAGUAAUAAAUUUUGGCCUAUUAAUGUGGUAAUGUUUUCUAAUAUUUGACCACAUGACUAAAUUUGUUGACACGUGUUACCCAGAUUUAAAUUCAACAUAGACAUAAUCAUGAUAAUCAUUCUGACUGUUUGAUUAGUUAAAACCUAUUUAUUUAAGCUCGAUUGCAUAGUAAGCUUAAGGCUUAUUUGAAACACUCUUGAGUAUAUCUCCUGGGACUAGAACCAGUACUUGUUGUCUUUGAGAGAGAUCUAAAGAACGCUCCAACGGUGGGGAUCGAACCCAUGAACUCUCGGUCGCUAGCCGGACACCAUAUCCACUAUGCCACAGCGACCUGUUUAAAUGAGAUCGAGUCAUAACUUAGGCCUCUAAAUAGGUAACAAGGUUUUUCAAAGAUUUGACCUGGUGAUUGAUUUUUUGGACUUGUGCUACCCAGAACAAAGCUCAACCUAGAACUUUUCAUAAUAAUUGGUAACGGAUUAAGGACACAGAAUAUGCAGCCCUAAAAGCACAAAAGCACCGUAAGCAUUUUGUGCUCAGAUGGGCAAACAAUUUUCAAACCCACAAACUCUAGAAGCAAAAGCUAACACGUUAUGACUUCAACAUGUAGUUUUAGCAUUUCAAUUUUUUUUUAAAACUCUAUAACGGUAUACACUUUUUUGCUAAAUUAUACAUUUUUUCAUUUUUCGAAUCUCAAUUGAUAAUUGCAAAUAAUUUUUUUUUUUUAAUUUCUUAAUUUGCAUGCUUGCAUACAAGUUUACAUUCUUUUUUGAUUUGACAAUUUUUUUUUGAAAAUUGUCAUUUUGCCAAAUAGUGAACAAGUAUGUAUAAAAGAACUUUAGAGAUACAUGUGUAAUAGACAGGAAUGUAUAAAUAUCUAAUAGAGGAUAGGACGGUUAUUUAUAAUAUUAUGUUAAUCAAUACAUUUGUGCUUCAUUAGAAAUCUUGAUUUGUACAGAAUCAUCAAACAAUUCUAUCAUUUCCUUUAUUUGCAAAGAACAAAUAAGUAUGUUUAGUAUACCUACUAUAUGUACCACGUUCUUUGUAUGAAAUGUUGUUUUUGUUGAUCCCGUUCAUUGCUUGAGACGCUUUUUGAGAAAACGGGGCUUAAUGUAUGUGACGUAAAGUGUCAUCCCAGAUUAGCCUGUGCUAAUCAGGGACGUUACUUUCUGCUUUUAUGGUAUUUUUCAUUUAAAGGAGUUCUCUUCUACACGAAAAUCCAGUUACGGGGGAAGUGUCGUCCCAGAUAAGCCUGUGAAGUACUGCACAGGCUAAUCUGGGACAACACUUUACGCACAUGCAUUAAGCCCAGUUUUUUUCAGAACGCGACUUAUUUAUAAAUCACGAUGAAAUAUACUCUUAAUUUUCUUAAAAAAAAAAAAUAACGUUUCAACAUUAUAUUCAACUUAUUCGGUGCCAUGCAGUUUUUGACACACAGGUUGUAUUCUAGGUGUUACAUUAAUAUGCAUUUAUUUAUACACAUGUUGAAUGCAAACGAGACCAGAGUGUUGUCAUUUGUGAAUAAAUUGCC